GUAAAUCAAGUGGAAAUCCAAGAUGCCCUAAAUGCGGUUUACAUUAUAAAGAUAUACAUGGACAUGUCAAAAGGAUACAUAAUACAACAUUAAGCAUAUUAAAACUACAAGUUAAUGGAAAGAGAAAUCAAAAUGUUCAAUAUCAAGAUAAUCGAACUAGACAAGACAGAAGAAAUGAUAGAUUAUAUAAUAGGUCCCACCUUAUUAAACAAAUUGAUGGAUAUUUGAGGAUUCUCCGUAGUCAAAAACGCAAUGCACCCAAAGAAGACGAAUUAAUUUUUGACGAUAAAAUUCAAUGGUUCAACAAAUUGAAAGAAUCUGCUAGAACAGCGAAUGAGGAUGAUCUUUCCUUUUUUCAAUCGAUUUAUUCAGAUUUUAAUAAACUCAAACAACUUAAAGAAGAGCUUAGAGAUGUUAAAAAUAAACUUAAUAAACUUGAACCGCUAGAACAAGAAAGCGACGCAGGUUUAGAUUUGCAUUCCCAAUACUUACUGAUGAAAACUGAAAUUGUCCAAAAGGAUACAGAUAUUGAUAACUUGACAAGAAAAGUCGCGGAUCUAAACUUGGUCAAUGAAGAAAGGAUUAAAUUGAUCAAUGACUUAGAAGCUCAAAUUGCAAAAUUAACGAGUGAUAUCGGAAUAUUAAGAUCUAAUUGUAAAAUGAUAGAUGCUGAAAGUAUUCAAAACGCAACAAAAUUGCAUGAUGCGGAAUCUAAAAUAGCUGAUGAGAAAAGAAAAUAUAAUUCUUUCGUAGCAAAGCAUGAACGCGAACUUAGAAGUAGAGAUGAAAGAGAAAGCGACCUUUAUUCACAUAUUACCCUUUUAAAAAAUAGGAUCAAGGAUUUAGAAUCAAUGUUAGCACCACAAAGAAUUGACAUUUUUUCAUUGAAAAAGCUGGAUCCUAUGGUGGAAAAGUUAGCAGAUGCAACUAUUAGUUUAACUUCUUUAGGUCUUUCGUAUAAUGAUUUUGAAAAUUAU